AUGGCACUGGACCUCGCUGUCGGGGGCUCGGCGGCCCGCAGGGCCGAGACCCAAACCCUAGCCCCCGUGCUGCUCAUGGGCCCGCCGCCUCCACCGCCGAUCCCACCGACGACGGGGAUGUACCUCCCCGGUCACCCGCCCCCGGGGGCGCUCCUGUCGCGCCCGAUCCCCAUGGCGCUCCCGCGCGAGGUCAUCGUUUACAUGGACGAGUCUCGGAGCCGCUCCCUCCUCAAGUUCAUUUCCGACGCGGGGAUUGUGCCUUCGCUAGAUGACGAGCUGAGGAGGGAGCGGGUAGUACGCGAGCUCGGCAAGAUAGUGAUGGAGUGGGCAAAGAGGGUGGCGUACGAGCAGGGCAAACAGCACUGGAUCGCAUCAGCCACAGUGUUGACCUUUGGCUCCUAUGCCUUAGGGGCAUAUGGACCUGAAUCUGAUAUUGAUGUUCUCUGUAUUGGUCCUUAUAUUGCAACACUGCAACACCAUUUUUUUGUUGUCCUGCGACAAAUGCUUGAAGGGAGGCCAGAAGUAUCAGAAUUGCAUUCAAUUGAAGGAGCUAAGGUUCCAUUGAUGCGUUUUAAAUUCAAUGGGAUUUUAGUUGACUUUCCUUAUGUUCAACUCCCAGUGAUCAAUGCUGCAGAGGCUAUGCAUGCAUCUGAUCCCCAUGUGCUAGAGAAUGUGGAUGGGCCAAGCUGGAGAUGUCUAUCUGGAGUUCGUGCUAAUAGACAAAUCAUUCAAUUAGUUCCUAAUAUGAAGAAAUUUCAAUAUCUGUUGCGGUGCCUCAAACUAUGGGCAAGAAGAAGAGGACUUCAUUGCCAUCUACUUGGUUUCUUCGCUGGAAUUCAUUUGACGAUUCUUGCUGCAUAUGUUUGCCGCAGACAUCCGAAUGCUAGUAUAAAUACUUUGUUGUCUUUGUUCUUCGAUAUUUUUGUUCACUGGCCUUGGCCUCUUCCAGUGAGUUUGCUUGAUCCGCCAGUUCUUUGUCGGGGUCUUGAUGGGUGCUCUCUCAUGCCCAUAAUGUUGCCCUGUAAUCCACCAGAAUUUUGCUCCUCUAGUACAACAGAAAGUACUUUCAGCAAAAUCAAAGAAGAACUUCGGCGUGGUUAUGCUUUGACAAAGGAUACCAGAAGUACUGAUUUUGACUGGAGUUGGCUAUUUGCAUCUUUUCCAUAUGGUGCAAGAUACAAAUGCUUUCUCCGCAUAGUUCUCUCUGCUCCAUUGGAUGAAGAAUUGCGUGACUGGGUUGGAUGGGUGAAAUCACGAUUCCGCAACCUUCUUCUCAAGCUGGAGAGUCUUGGCGUUUACUGUGACCCAGAUCCCUCGGAACAAGUUGAUCAUACCAUCACUGAGCCAAAUGUUGUAUUCUUCUGGGGUCUUGCCUACAGAAGGAAUAUUCAAAUCUGCACAAGUUCUCUCAAAGAAGAUUUCAUGAAAAGCGUCUGCAAUAACAUCUAUGGAAAGGAAAAAUGUGCCCAUUCAGACAUCACAAUGUCCAUUGUUGGGCCUCCCCAGCUGCCUAAAAGUAUCUUUGAUCUCUCAGUUUACUCAGAAAAGCUGCCACAGCAUAUGAUGGGGCACCAACUAAUGAAGCAGAGGUGUAAUGUUUGUACCCAGCAGCAAAAAUUGUGUAUAAUCUUCCUGUUAGUGCUGCUGCUGGGCACAGAUGCUGAGGUCGAUAUGGAGGAGGUUGUGAUUGGAAACUAUACAGUCCAGGACGGCAAAAACUUGUGUGUGCCCUACUAUCCAAGGAUUCUUGUGGUAAUUGGUAAUGAGUAA